AUGGCUUUUGACGAUGUUGGUAUCGAUUUGAAAGAAGUCCUUGAAUACAUUGGUCAAGUCGAUGUGGUUCCUUUAGGCCAAGAAUAUUAUUCAUUUCCAGUGCCUGUACCUGAUAAAAUCAUCUACCUUGAAGAGGACGAUGACGAGCAAAAAUCCAAUGCCAGCGAUCACAUUGAUCUUCACCCACCCAAUCAUGACCUUAACGAAAGUACCAAACAAGUAGAAAUGAUGGAAAUAGAUGAAAAUAUUACAAAGACAGAUACCAAGUUAAUAAAUAACGAUGCUACAGAUAGUGUAAAAAGAGAUGUGAAUGAUCAAGCAAAGGCCGAAAAUCUGGAAAGCCAUGAUAGUAUUGAAAAUGAACCUGAAGUUAUUGUAAUUAAUAAACGAAAUAAAAUUGAAGAUUUAAGGCAACGUUAUCGACCAGACACCCUUUAUACCAGUGAUCGAAAAGAAUGGCACAUGUCUAACAACAGAGCCAUUUCUCUCGCUAGUAGCAAGGAAGCUGAAAUGAAACCAACAACAUUGUCUAUGCCGAUGGUAAAGCCUCUAAGGACCAAUUCUGAACCGAAUAAGCCAAUACAACCUGAUGUCAUCUUGAAGAGCAACGCCGCAUCGAUCAAUAAAACUAAAGUGAAAUCUGCAUCAAAACUGAAGCCUUCUAAUAGUAAGUCAGAAAUGAAAACAACCAAGGAUUCUCCUACGGCAGCUGAAUCAUCUCUCGUUGACCCAAAGAAAGUCAUGACCAUGAAAAAUAUUGUUCUUAAGAUUACAGCUUCAGUGGAUGAAAAGAAAAAGAAAAAAAAAUCAUUUUCCGGUGUUGAGAUUAUCGAGAAAGCUGCCAAAUUAUCCCCAAAUAAGAAUAAAUCUGAAACUAACAAGGCUAAAUCCGAUAGCAAUGUUGCUAACGUAAGUAACAGUAAAGUCAGCAAGGUUAAACGUCCAGAUGGAGAAAAAUUGAAAACAAAGCGAAGCAAUGAGGGGAAGACUAAGGAAAAAAAAUUGGUUAAGAAAUAUAUCGACGAAUUGAGCGGCGUUACAGAUCAGAUAAAGGGUAAAAUGAAAGCUAAACCGAAGGAUAAGAUAAAAAAGGUUAAAGGCAAACAUAAAGGCAAUGUUCAAGGUAAAGGUAAAACCAAAGUCAAAAGUGAUGGCAAAAUCAAGGGUAAAGACAAAUUCAAAGGUGGUAGUAAAAUUAAAGCUGAAAGCAAACGUAAACGUAAAGGGAAUGACAAAGAUACAAGUGAAAGAAAGCAUAAAUCUGAGGGUAAAAGUAAAAUCUAUACAACAGAUGAUAACAAAAAGAAGGCUUUAAAAAGUCAGGAUAUUAAAAGGAAGGAUUCUAAAGGGAAUAUCAGCUUGAAAUCGAAAACCAAGUUAGAUAAAAGUAAAUCAGAGAAAUCUAAAAUUGCUGGAAAAAAGAAAGAUAAACCUGCACUAAAAACUAGCGCUGAUAUGUCUACUAAGCUGACAUUGAAAGACAAACCCAUUAAAAAUGCUUAUUCUAAGAUUCCAGCAGGUAUCGCCGACAAUUCAGCUGUUAAAACGCCAUCAAAAAAACGAAAAUCUGAAUUUGAAGAUAUCAAGCCUGGUUCUGCAAAGAUCCAUAAACAAGCAGAAAAAAAAUCGAAAAUUGAAGAAAAAAGUAAUCGGAGCAAAAAGGCAACGAAAAGUAAAUCAAACAAAAGUAGUCAAGGCAAACCACUUGACAGUGUAAAAUCGAAACCAUCUCUGCCUCCUGUUUAUGUAAAGGCAAUUGUCGAUGAAACAAUCUCUACUGCGAACAAUGCUACCGAAACUUCGAAUUCUUACGAUCCCUGUCCAGUUUGUCAUCUUUUGGAUGAUGGAUCAUCAAUGGUAUUUUGCGAUGAAUGCGAGAAGUGGUUUCAUUUUAAAUGUGUUGGUUUAGAAAUUGCGCCAAAAGAGGAAGACGCAUGGUUUUGCAAUGCCUGCCGACGUAAGAAAAAGACUGGUAAAACUAGUCAAAAAUUUAUAAAAAAAUAG